AUGUCCGUGAUCGUUGGAUCUCUUCACAACAAUCCUCCCAGCGUUUCCCAAGGAGUUGCCGCUCGGCCCCAGGACCUGGCACGGUCAACCCCAGAGACUUCACAGACACAUGCGCGGCCGAAUGCGCAUAUCUCGGAAUUAUCGACAAAUCAGCAGGCUAGUGGUGCAUACUGGUCCAGUGGCUCACCUGUUUCAGCUCAGUCGCCCGUCGUGCAGGCUUCGACGGCCAUGCGCACCAUUCACAAACGGCAGGCUGUUCAGCCUCAACAAGCCUUUGUGGCACAGCCAACACCGACUGAACCAACCUCGACCGGCCUCUUGAUCCCAGGCCGCACUAACCAGAUUCCCAUCAAUGAAUCCCCGAGUGAUCCGCAGGAUAGUAACUGCAUCAUGCGUACCCUUCAUCAUGCCCACAUUCGUAGUCCAAAGCGCCUCCGUAUACGACCCGAAGCACAGAAUGAGCGAUACUACCAGUCAGUCAGGAGACUCGUGUUAGGUCCUACCUCAAUUGCCCCUAGCGCCGUGGUCCACAAAUUCAGCUUCCACUUGGGUCCUAGAGAUCGUGAUCGUUUGACACAUGUCGAAACCGAUCCCGAUGAUCGACUCCCUAUUCAGGAAUACACCAACGGAACCCCUGAACACCUUUUUCUAGAAGUCAAUUAUUCCGGCUUGACCUUACGGCGAAAGGCGCACCAUUCCAAAGACUUGCCGGUUGAGGUUCCAGCAAACGCGCUCUCGGAGGAGAACCACCUUCAUGUCUGGGUUCCGGAAACUGCUAAGCGCCCACGGCAGGCGCCGAAGAACAGUCACCCACAUCUCGCGGUAGAGCUUGUCGAAACGCUAAGUCACUCAGCCAUUUUGAGCUUGGUCAAGACUCACGGCAUUCAGCAAUCCUCGAAGACUCUUAAAGUCAUCAGGCGACGAUUAUCGAGCACUACAGCCAGUAAUGAUGAUGAGAUCGCGGUGGUUAGUCACGAGCUGGUCAUUGACUUGGCAGACCCAUUCACCUCCGCAAUCUUCAAGACUCCGUGGAAGUGCCCACUGUGCUCAGGUGAUGCUCGGCCAUACAGCUUGCGCAUCGACGAAUGGCUGGCUGAGGUUCGCGACAAACUCGAGAAAGACGGCACAUUACGCGCCAAGGCCAUCCUUGUGUCCGCGGAUGGAAGCUGGAAGAUCAACGAGGUGGUCGAGGAGUAUUUACCGCCUGGAGCAGCGCCAGAAUUUGGUAACAACAAGUCUGUUGCAGCGGUGGUGAAGGAGACGCCUGUCAUUGCCAUCGACAGUGACUAA